ACGUGACCCGGAGUGUGACGUAGGAGGAAGGAGACGCCAUUAGAGGGAGGCGGAGAAGGAGCGCUCUUCUCCUUUCGUGGGGUGCCUGACGUGGUGGCCGGGGCCCUUCAUUCUCGGACUUUCUAUCGGCCCCUCCAGGCCUCGCCCCAGGAGACGAGCUAGCAGACGGCGCCCGGGGUCGGCGGGCCGGGGCGGAGGGGCCUGUGCCCGUGGCUGUGAGGGCGCCGCGGCGGCCGUGCGGAGCUCGGCGCUGCUCUAGGGCUCGGGCGGCCGGGGAGCGGGGUGCGGCGGGAUGGCUGCGGCCGGCGGCGGGGCGGCGGCGGGGCGAGCCUACUCGUUCAAGGUGGUGCUGCUGGGGGAAGGCUGCGUGGGGAAGACGUCGCUGGUGCUGCGCUACUGCGAGAACAAGUUCAACGACAAGCACAUCACCACUUUGCAGGCAUCAUUCUUAACAAAGAAGUUAAACAUUGGUGGAAAAAGAGUAAACCUUGCUAUAUGGGAUACAGCAGGUCAAGAGAGAUUCCAUGCAUUGGGUCCAAUUUACUACAGAGAUUCAAAUGGAGCUAUUUUAGUUUAUGAUAUAACAGAUGAAGAUUCUUUUCAGAAGGUAAAAAACUGGGUCAAAGAAUUGCGGAAAAUGUUGGGAAAUGAAAUCUGUUUAUGUAUAGUUGGUAAUAAAAUAGACUUGGAAAAGGAGAGACAUGUGUCCAUUCAAGAAGCAGAAUCGUAUGCAGAAUCUGUGGGAGCAAAACAUUAUCAUACAUCAGCCAAACAGAACAAAGGAAUUGAGGAACUCUUUCUUGACCUCUGUAAAAGGAUGAUAGAAACAGCACAAAUGGAUGAGAGGGCAAAAGGCAAUGGCUCCAGUCAACCAGGAGCUGCCCGGCGAGGUGUACAGAUUAUUGAUGAUGAACCUCAAGUCCAGAGCAGUGGUGGAGGGUGCUGUUCUUCUGGAUAACUGUUCACGCCUCAGAAAUUAAAACAAACUGUGGAUCAUUGCCCUCAACAUGAAGACUGCCAUAUUCCAAGUCACAUUAUUUUACCAAUGGAAUUAUAGAAUUAACAGUAUUUUAAAUUACGUUUAUAACACUGCAGAGACCUUAAGUGCUAAACUUAGUGGAGUUUGUGACCAGAGAAUUGGCAUUUUCUACAAAUGUUAACAAAGCAAUUACCAAUGGCCUUUUUACAUAUUUUUUUCUUUAAUAAGGAAUAAUAUGCAUGUAGAAAAGACCUACUUAAAGGCUUCAUUUAUAUUCUUUUAAAUCAAAUCUUUAUUUAAUAACUUAUAUAUGUUGUUGGAAUGGUAUACAUUUUGCAGCCCUUUGUAUUUUGUGGUAGUUUGAACUGUAUCACUUCCAAACAGUGAACUGUUUUUGUUUUUGUUUUUUAAUUAGCAAAUACCCGAAGUACUAUUUUUGCAGGGUUUGCACAGGCCCCUAUAACUGUCUACUACUUUGAUAUAAUCUAUAUACAUCCUGUAUGCUGAGCUGGUAAAAUACAUUGUAAAUUACAUAUUAAAUAUUUUAUCUGCUUUUACAAGCGCAAGGUGCAAAAAUAUAUACAAUAGUCUCAUUGAUGACUGUAAAGUGAUUAACAUUUGAUGAUAAUGCCUAAGCUUUCUGACUCUGAUAUAUAAAGAUCAUAGCUCCCUUCACUUUUGUCUUAACUUGAAAGUGGCGUGUUUAAAUUUUCACAAAUACUUUACUUGAAUUAUUGCUGUUGUCACAUGUUUUGGCCUCUGUAAGUUCAACCGAUGAUCGAGCAGCGGCAUUUGCCUUUUGGUUUGGGUUUUAUUUGUUUGUUUGUUUGUUUUUAUAAAAGAGAUGACUUCUGCCAAUUUUGCUCUAGAAUGGUUAUCUUAGAAAUAUUUGAGUGGAGCAUGCUGAGUUUCACUUUUUCAACGGCUUUGGUUUUCUCUUAAGCUUCAUAUGAGAAGGGUUCAUUGAUGUAAGAAGAGAAAAAGGGGUCCCAGACAGUAGCCACUCACCAAGACUAAUUCAUGCAGCAUGUUAGUGGUAGUUUAUGCUCCUGAGACAGCACUUUUAGAUCUUUUGUGAGCAAGUUGUAUUUGCUUAAUGCUUGCCAGAGAUGAACACAGAAAGUUUUGUUUAAUUUUAUAAGAGCUGUUUUGAGUUUCUGUGAAGGGAAACAUUUCAUGAAAUGCAGUUACAGAGAACACUGGAAAGAUUUAUUAUAAAAUUAUAUUCUUGUAUACUUUGUAAAUUAGUCUCUCAUUAGAUUUUUUUUUUUUUCAUUAAGCAUAGGACUGAACUUAAAUUUGUUAAUUUUCAUAUAGUCAGGCACUGCUCACAGAAGGAACACAAAUGGUAGACAUUAACAUAAAUUGUUUUUGCUCUAAUAUAUAUAUUUUUCCAUUUCUGUCAUGCUUGGAAAACUAGUAAAUGUUAUGUCUAAGAUAAAAUGGAAUGGUCCCUGGAUUUACUUCUAAUAAGAAGCAGCAGUAUCCAAUAAAGUUGUUAGCAUGCACAAUUAAGAGGAUAUAAAGAAGUACUACCAUAUUUUUAAGUUAAAAGCUUAAACUUUCCCAAAUGGGUUAAAAGUUGAAUGAAUUGAUUUUAUAAUGUUACAAUUUUUACUUAGUGUUAAGGAUUCUGUGAGCCUUUGCUUUACCAAUUUUUUCUUUUUAAAUUUUUAUUGUUGAAAAUAUUACUUAUCCCCCUUUUCCUCCCAUUGACUUCUUCUAUCCCGCCCCCGCCUCCUGCAUCCUUCACACCCUAUUGCACUUUACCUUUUUUAGUGAUUGUCCUUGCCAAACUCAACAAACACAUUGACCUCUGUUGUGUGUGUUUGGAGGGGAGGGGUGGAAAAAAGUCAGGGAGAUAAGUUAAAAUUGUCUUCGGUGGCUGUACUCUGUGUAGUUUCUCGGUUUUCUGAGAGUUUGAUGUUUAUGCAGGGAAUUGGGGAAGGUUGGGGGAAUCAUGAGUAUAAUAGAGGAAAAUUGUUUUGACUUUCUUUCAGAAGUAAUAAUGAAAGCCUUGCCGUUUCUGCUGUUGUAGAUGGGAAGCAAGCUCUUUUCCAUUGGAGUGAAAAAGGUUUUUUAAAGUAGAGAUGAAAUUGAGCAUUAUUCCAAAAAUAAUAAUGUUACGAAACCUGAUAACUGGAGAACUGUGCUCUCAAUUUUGACCUUUUAAAGUCUAUAUUAUUGGUGGGCCACAACCGCUCUCCCUGUUUUGUUUUGUUUCCUCCCCUCCUCCUCUAUUCUCCCUUGGCUUCUGUGUGUAGCUUUCUUAACAUCAAGCAUUUUAUUCUUUUUUAAACCUGUAAUUUAAGUUAAUCCAAUAGCAACAGUAUAGUAUUCCUGUCCUUGCUCAGAAGCCCCAAAGGUCUUUAGAUAGGAAUAGCGUGAAAGGGAAAUGAAGAAGACCAAUCAGUUGUAAUGGGUAUACAAAGGAAAGGUAGAGAUAAUAGACCAAGGCUGAGAAGUUUAUCCAAUCUUUCUUCACAUUUAAUAUAUAUUUUGUAUUCCUAUUGUUGUAAUUGUGCUAUUAGGAAGAAGACACAAGUUACCAUGUAUAAUAAAAAUAGGUAGAAUCAAUAUAUUUUUCAAAGAGUAAGUGUAUACAUUUAGUAUAUAUAAUUAAAAAUUGGUUUAGUAUUGUUAUUAAAAAUACCUAAUAUUACGUUAAAAGUAUACGAUAAUAAAUGAAGGGUCCCAGGUUCGAUUCUGGUAAAGGCACAUGCCUGGGUUGUGGGCUCGAUCCCCAGUGUGGGGCAUGCAGAACACAGCCGAUCAGUGAUUCUCUUUCAUCAUUGAUGUUUCUAUCUCUCCCUCUCCCUUCCUCUCUGAAAUCAAUAAAAAUAUGUAAAAAAACAAAAAAGUAGGUUGCAAUAAUCUGGAGGUAAAUAGUAAUUUGAAAAGAAAAAAGCAUCAUAUUAUUGGAUAAAUAUGAGUGAAUUUGUUUUGUUCUAGGGAUGUUUCCUGAAAAUACCCUAAAUCUAUGGCUGUUACAGCUAAAUUAAAAUAUUUUUUAUAUAUUAGCCAUAUAUUAUUAGUGAUUACUUUUAAUUUGGCCUUCAGGUAAGAAAGGAAUGAUAAUCACUUUUAGAUUUUCAAUAAGAAAAUAGAAAAUUUGGGAACUAGAGAAGGGGGUAGUGAGGAGUAAAUGUGAACCUCUAUAACCUGACAAUUUUUAAAAGUAUUUUGAAAAAUACGUUACUUUUAUCACAUAGUUUGUAAAAAAGGCAAGCUGUGCAUUGUGCCAAAUAUUUAGAACAUUAAAAAAAAGGAAUUGUGAUGCUAUUUCUUUUAAUACACAAUUUGCAAUUUUCUGUAUUAUAAAUGCUACCAAGAAUCCAGAUCAUUUAUUAUCUCCAGAUAACAUAAUUUCCCCUUGUAAUUACCAGUUAUCUCUAGAAGUGAUUUGAUCUGUGCCUUUUACUUUUCAAAUUUAACUUCUGUUUGCCAUAAUAAUUUUCAUAGGUUCUUUAUAGACAGUGUGACAAAGAGGGAAUACUUAAUUGGAAGCUGUAAGAUGUUGGGAUCUUCUACAAGAGUGUAGAUUAGUAGUGACCAGCAGUAGUCUAACAAUAAUGUCUAAAGAUUAAAGAGACAAUAGAUUCCCCCCUCCCCUUAUAUUUCAUCAACAUUUUCACAAUGAUUUGCUUUAUUUUAUUUUAUUUGGUAUUUUUCUAUUGUUUUUUACAAAUAGUAGUAUAUAUGUCUCCUUUUUUCCCUCCAUUGACCUUCCCCUGGCCUCCCCUACCCCUGGCACAUGCCCUCACUCCCUCCCCCCCCCCCCAAGUGUCUGUGUCCAUUGGUUAUCCUUUCAAUAGAUUCUUAAGUAUUCUUUUGUAAACAAAAUGCAUUACCUAGAUUUUAGUAAUUAAAAGCUGAGAUUCAUUGAACAUACACAUUUACUUGAUUUUAUAAUAGGCAUUGAUUCUAGUAUGUUCUGUAAUUUUUAAUCAACUAACAGUAAUGUAUUUGGUGUUGUGGGCCAAAAUUCAUGCUAUAUCUAUCUUAUUUCAUUGGGUUUUCUCUUUUCAAGAAAAACAGAUUAAUCACAACCAGAGCAAAUUUUCCUAAAUGUAAAUAGUUUAGUCUUAUCAUAUGUCAUGAAAAAAAUUAUAAAUACUCUUGACUUUCCAAUAUCAAGCAAAAAUGCUUCACUUCUAAAUAAAUACUACUUUAGCACUACUUGUACUAUCUGGGGUAUGUAUACAGGGUUCCUCAAAUGUAUACAUAUGUUGAAUGAUUUUGAAGUCAGUGUUUAACAUACAGUUCAUUUUCAGAAUUUAAAAGGAUCUACAGAAAUGAAUAAUUUUUUUUUUUGUCAAUGCAUGUUUUCAAACUGAUGACUUCAUUGCUGCUAAUCCAAGCAAUGGAAUUGCAAAUAUUACGAAUUAUUUUGUUUGGUACUUGUGUGCCCUCAAUUUGGCAACUGUUGUCUGUUUUGUACCGUAAACUUACUUUUAUGUAUCCCCAUUAAAAAAAAGUAUAGUGGCACAUUAGGAUACAUUUUCUUCAAAGUUUAGUCGGCCUUCACCCAUUAUUUCAAAUCGGUUAAACCUGAAAAGGAGUGAAAAUUAAGUGAGUUAUCAGCUGUUAAAGUGUGUAUACAUUUUGGAGGACACCCUAUAUUAUCUCUUUCUGAGAAGCUGAGUGUACUUUUGAGUAUUAACUUUUCUACUGCAACAUUUUCUCUGUAGUAGACAAAUGAGCAUUGCAAGUUAAUAUUACAUGGUACACCUAGCAAGAAAGCAUCUUGCCCUCUUCAGAAGCCUGGACAUAUUUCCAAAUGCAUCACAUUAAAACCAGAAGGUGGGCUUACCUACUUAAAUAACCUUUAUUCCCACUAUCAGUUCUUACCUUGAUUUUGAUAUUUCCUGGCAGCUGUAUCAUCUCUUCAUUAUUAGAUGCUCAAGAAAAAGCUAAUAUGAUUUUCUUAUAUUUGAACUUGUCUAGAGCAAUGAGAGAAAUGAGGGAUAGGGAUAAAGUAUGAUAAUGUUGAAAAAUAGACAACAGUGGUAUUUGGUAGCAAGCUAUUUUAAGGAAGCCAUUAUAUGUAGUACUUCCUAGAAAUGUGAAGUUCUUCAUUUUGUAUUUAAUUAUCUAAAUACAUUCUAGAAAAAAAGAAUAUAAACAUAGAUACUGUGAAAGUGCCCCUUAGGAACUUGCCUCCCAAAUGGUCACCCUUGCUCUCUAAUAUAUACUAUUCAAUUACCUUUUUGCCAUACAUAGUUUAGUUGGGCUUACAAUUUUUACAUGAAUUGUUCUUACUAUGCAUAUGUUUUGCAACUUGCUUUUUUUCUUACCAACAUGCCUAGGAGCUCUUACCCUAUAUAAUAAAACGCUAGUAUGCAAAUCGACAGAACGUCAGAACAACGGGUCGCUAUGACGCUCACCGAUGCAGGAGCUGCCCCCUGGUGGUCAGUGUGCUCCCAUGGGGAGCACCACUAAGCCACAAGUCAGGCUGGUGGCAGUGGGAGCCUCCCGCCUCUGUGGCAGCGCUAUGGAUGUCCGGCUGUGGCUUAAGCCCGCUCUCCCUCAGACAUCCCCUGAGCGCUACCAGACUGCUAAAGUGCGCAGGCCGGACUGAGGUGAUCCCCGCCCCCAAGUGCAUGAAUGUCGUGCACCAGGCCUCUAGUGUCGGUGCAACAGACGUUCAUUUUAUUUUCUCCCAUAUGUCUUUGGGCAUAUUUUGCCUUUUUGAAUUACCUCCAAAAAGAUACCUGGUUAAUUUGGUGGACUUCAUUAGAAUCAUAAAAUUUUAAUGCAAACCAGUGCUUACUUAGAAUCAGUCUCCCUUAAAUGUGUAAAUCAGGAAAUCAAAACGGCAUCUGCUUACAAUUAACUUGAAGUACAUUAUUUUUGGACUGUUGACUGAUUAAAAUAAAAAAAUCAGGAGUUAACUUCAGCAGGUUCUUUAGGUUUUUAUUUGAGGGAAGAGGAAAAAGGGAAGUAUAAUUGUUAGGGAAAAGUACAGGAUAAACUAAAGUCUUCAUACAACUCCUAGUAAUUAUGUCACAUAAGACUUAAUGUUAACAAAAAUUUAAACUUUCAUUUGUCCUGUGCCUUUAGAGUAAAAAAAAUUUAAGUUCCUUUUCAGAUCUCCCUUUCCCCACCAUCUACAUAACUCUUUAGAGGUACCCACUGUUAACAACUUAGGGUGUGUUUGUAUCCUUAUUAUAUAUAAAUGUUUUUAUUAUUUGACCUUUAUAUGUUUCAGUUCCCUGAAAGCAACUUUUACCCUAUGUCAGAUUCCAUCCUCAAUCAACUGACCAUUUUAUCAAGAACAAACCAGAGAAUCCCACCUUAACGAAAGUUAAAUCACUGUUAACAUUUCUUAAACUAGAAAUUAACUGACUCUUUUUUUAUAUAUAUAUAUUUUAUUGAGUUUUCACAGAGAGGAAAGGAGAGAGAUAGUUAGAAACAUUGAUGAGAGAGAAACAUCGACCAGCUGCCUCCUGCACACUCCCCACUGGGGAUGUGCCCGCAACCAAGGUACAUGCCCUUGACCGGAAUCGAACCUGGGACCCUUCAGUCCACAGGCCGACGCUCUAUCCGCUGAGCCAAACCGGUUUCGGCUUAGCUGACUCUUAAGAUGUUUUAUAUUUACGAUAAAUUAAGCUUAAAGAGUAACCAUAGCACUCUGGGAAAGUCAAAUUGAUUAUUGGUUUCUAUUCCCUGUGUAAAUAUGGCUGAGAAGGAGGAGUGUGCAAGUCCAAGCUCCUUAAUACCCAGGUAAUUUUGGGUUGGGCUCAUUCAUUCUCUUGGCAUACUUUCCUACUUGGGGAGCAUUGCAAUGUCCCCAACAAUUACUUCAGAUUCUUCUUUGCAAUAGUUGUCAAAGCAAUAGUUUAGCACAUUAGUGCCAUGACAUAAAGUUACGUGUGUGUGUGCCCCAGAACAACAAUUAUUCAAAUUUAUUCUUAUUUGAUUUUUAAUGAAAACAACUCAGAGAGCAAUUGAAGCACAACUUUCCAUGAUUUUUUAAUUUUCUGGUGGUCAUUUAAAAAAUGUGAAACA